UGCACUCACGAACGACCGCGAUAUUAAACGGUUUCAACGGUGAUGGACUUUAUUGCAGUGGUGUACCUAUUGAAUGCACCGCGUACUGUGUCAGAUGAGUCGAACAUGCGGUGUCGGGUGAGGAAAUUUGGGCCGAGUAGACUACCCUCCUGGAGCUACUAGUGUGUUCACCGCCAUUUGAAUACAAUUACAUCGUUUGAAGGGAAGGCUCGUCAUGGGGAACAUCUCCAAACUAUUUAUUUUGCAUUCUUUGCCGGCAACACUAGUAGUAGCUGCAGCUGUUGAAAGGAAGUAUCAUGUUACGGGAAUUCUCGAAGAUAGCUUGGUUUAUUUGAGCACACGGAGACAGUAAAAAAAUUAAUUGCGUUCUGAGGUUUUUCCCUUGUUGUAUUUAAUGAGAUGCGAGAACAUUUUCGUAGUGUUUUGUCAUUAUUUUCGUAAUAUAAUAAUUAUUUCGACAAAUUGCCAAUUGUUUUGUGUUAUAUGGUUUUCUUCGAUUGAGUUAUGGUCAUACAAAGGUGUUUGUUGAAAUUUGAAAACUCUCAAUUCUAUUUUUUAUGACUAUCAACAUUUGUAUACUAGUAAAUAAGGAAUUCGUUACUUCAAAUCGCGUAAAAAUCGCUUAUAUUUGAGUCUCCAACGGACCUUCUGCUUCCCGGAGGUUUCUUUUCUUCACAUAGUUAGAAAGAGAAUUGUUCACACCACACAUGAUGAAAUCAUUCCAUCAUCAUUCUUUAGAGUAAAGUUGCAUAACUAACCAAUAUCUUUCGAUUGCUUUUAACCCUUUAGCGCCCAAGGGUUUUCCUAGUUUUUAACUAUUGCACGAAAUAAAAGUUUCAAAUUAACGGAAUAAAUCAAACUAUAUACAUACUUAAAUGGAUAGAUUAGAUAAUAAAGAGAAGUUGGUGUCGUCAGAUCCGUCCAGCUUUAACCACCUUUUGGACACUAGGGUCGCCAUAGAGCUGUGCGAGUUCUUGGUUCAUCCUCCGCCUCCAUACUCUGUUCUCCUGUACGCCGCCGAAGAUCGUUCUUAGCACUCUUCGUUUGAAAACUCCAAGCACUCGCAGGUCCUUCUCGAGCAUUUUCCAUGUUUCAUGCCCGUAGAGGACAACCGGUCUAAUAAGCGUCUUGUAUAGUGUGCACUUUGUACGGGGACUUAGUCUACUCAAAUGAUGCUUCUGGGAGUGGCAAAAACUGGAUCUUGUGGGUCGAAAACUGGUGACUCAACAUGCAUCACAAAUUUUACAUUCACAACAACCUUUUCAAAUAUUUGGUCCUUAUUUUUAUGCUCAAAACGUUGCAAAAAUGUUAAAGUUUAAUGUAAGUUAAACAUUGCUCAUCGAUAUGUAGAUAUGUAUGUAUGUACGUUACACCAUAACUCCUGAAUACCUGGACAGUUUUCUGCCAAACUUGACAUAUGGGAAUCAGCACUGAUGGAUGAACAAAAGGGGAGGCGCGUGGUCGCUGGCCAAGAGAGGAGGUGCAAAUAAUUAAUAGAACUUACGAGUCAAGUAAAGAGAAAAAAUAAAACCCCAAAAUUAGCUUAACAUGUACUAAACCAAGAAGAACGCUAUCGGUUCACGUCUUAUGUUUGUCCACAAUUUGCGAUAUGUAACAAUACAAAACGAAGAAAUCUCGAGUACAACGUGGCCACGCAUUAUAUUUUCGUGGAAUUUAGGGCAGCAUACGAUACAGUCGAACGAGAACAGCUAAGGCAGAAAAUGCACGAGCACAGUUUUCCGAACAAACUGACGGGGCUGAUUAAAGCUACCCUGGAGCGAGCGAUGUGCUACGUGCGCGUUUCAGGCACUCUCGAGUCCUUGCGAAUCGCGCAGAGGGUUGCGGCAAUGGGAUGGAUUUUCCUGUAUGUUACUCAAUACCCCUAUUGGAGGUGUUGUCCGGCGAGCGGGCAUCGAAACGAGAGGAACGAUCUUCAGCAAGAGUAACUCCUAACUCCUAACCUUCGCAGACGACUUCGAUAUCAUUACUAGAAACCUUGGGACGGCGGAGGCAAUCUACGCUAGACUAAAAACGGAGGCUAGCAAGAUUAGGUUACAAAUCAAUACGUCCAAAACCAAAUGUAUGGUAGGAAGAGGCUCCAGAGAAAGCAACGUUUGCUUCCCACGGACAGUGACUAUUGAUGGCGAUGAACUGGAAGUGGUUGAUGGUCAUCGCCGACAAUAAUACUAGUAAGAAGAUUCAGUGACUCAUUCAAGCUGGAAGUCGAGUACGAGCAUAUGCUGCCACACAAAACUGACGAUGUACAAAACGCUAGUCAGACCGGUAGUCCUCUACGGACUUGAGACAGUAACUUUGCUUGCGGAAGACAUGCAAUUGCCGUAUUUAAACGAAAUGUUUUGCGGAUUCUUUUUGGCGAAGUAUAAACGGAGAGCGGAGAGUGGCGUAGGCGUAUGAACCACGAGUUGUAGGCACUAUUUGGAAAAAUUCCCAUUGUGCACCUGGCGAAAGUUGGGAGAUUGCGGUGGGCCUGCCACCUCGCAAGGAUGCCGAACGACUGCGCAGUGAAAUCCGUUCUCUUCUAGAAACCCACCGGAGGGACUCAACGUGCUAGAUGGUUCGACCAGGUUGAAGCCGACUCGCGUGUGUCAAGACGCGCAACGGAUUGGCGGAGAGGAGCCUAGGACCGUAAACAGUGGAGAGGAAUUCUUUAUACGACAAGAGCCACCUCGGCUCUCGGCUGGUCGAACCAACCAAUAGUACAAAUCCGCGUGCUGCUGGAUAGAUUCAGUAGGAUCGUUGCACAUGCCUUGUAAUUGUCCUGUACUCUAACAGGCGGCUAAAUCUGUCGACAAGAAAGGGUCAAGUCUUAGAAAGUGGUUUAAACCCAAGGCUUUACUUUAUUUUGACUGAUACAAAUCAAAUGAGGAGUAUAAUGUGAGGUCAUGGUUAUUAUAAAUAAUAGAGAUGAAUACUUAUCCUUCCUGAAAGUGCCAGGAGUAAGAAUGCAAACUCCUGUAGUGAGCAACAAUUCUUCGACGCCGACAACGACACUGAACCGGGACACCAACCUUCAACAACAGCAACAGCAGCAGCAGAAUCAAACGAACAACAAUACUACGUUAGUAAACAACAUCAACAACAAUAACAACGGUAACGGUGUGACUAUCAGUAACAAUAAUAAUAACGGACUGCCUGGUUUGGCGAAGGCGGUGCUUAUUUGUCGACAAAAUUCACACCCGUUUAAUAAUCGAACACUAUUUCUUGAGCCACAUCAGGAGGUGAAAGUCGGUCGCUCGGUAGCCAGAAAUCGCGUUUCCGAAAAUAAUGCAAUCUUCGAUUGUAAAGUCUUGUCACGAAACCAUGCCGUAUUAUGGUACAGUGAUGGCAAGUUCUUUAUCAAGGACACAUGUAGCAGCAAUGGCACGUUCAUCAACAAUGUCCGUCUCAGCCAGACGAGCACGGAAUCUGAACCGUACGAGGUCAGUUCUGGCGAUAUUGUACAGUUCGGAGUGGAUGUUAUGGAGAAUUCGCGACGCGAAACACAUGGUUGCAUAGUAGCUACACUAAAAUUGUUUCUUCCGGAUGGCCGAGAGACAAAAGCGAGUCAGUCGAUUGGUGUCGGCGGUCAAAGCACCAAAAUACCGCCAGUCGAUCUAUACCGACUUAACCAGUACAUCCAGGAGGCAAACCAGCGGGAACAAAUUUUGGAGACAAAGUUGACCAGUCUGCAAAAAAUGGUUGAAGCAACAAAGCAAAAUUCAGCUCUCGGAUGGCAAGCUAUGAUUGACGAAGAUCGGCUACUCAGUCGCAUUGACAUGCUAGAAAAGAAACUACAAUAUUUCCAAAAGGGAAUGACUGACGAUAAACUGCGCGAAGAGGUUCUCAAGUUACAAGAUGAAAAACACCAAUAUCAAAAUUCAGCUAAGGAAGCCCUGUGGAAAGUGCACCAGGAAAGGCUGGAAGCUACUCAUAAGUUAGCAACGAUCGAAAAGGCUUUGUGCAGCAGUGAGGACGAAUGCUCUCUUCUGCGCGAACAACUGAACAAAACGCAACUGCAAUUACAGGAAGUAACUGGAAGGUUGGACGCGCUACAGAGCCAGUAUGAUGAAAAAGUAGCAUCCAGCGAGGAACUGCUAAAACUCAAAGAAUCUGAAGUUGCCAACCUUAGUCAUGAAAUUAAUCUGUUGCAAGAAAAAAUUAGUUUUUAUGCGUUUUAUGCAUCUGAUGAGGAUGAACAACAGCAGCAGGAGUACAAUGAUUCAGCAGUCUCCGAUUGGUUGCUCAAGUCCGAUAUUAAGAAAUUAGAAGGAUCUGAAGAUAUUAUUAAAGCCAUUUGUAACGAUGCUGAAUCCGAAAUGAAUCCUGAUGGAAAGGAGAUCAAUUUGGAAGAUAGCGUGAUGCAACUGCAGAGAAGAAUUCUUACUUUGGAAAGGAACAUUUCUCUCUUUAUAGAAACUGAUAAUAGGAUAGAAAAUGAAAAUGAGCCAAACGAUAACACAAGCGUAACCUCUUCAUCGACGACAAGCACAGCAACUGCACCUGUUGCUGCUGUUUCGGUGAAUGCCAAUGACAAUGGGCCAUUUGAAGAAGCGAUGGAGCCAUUGGUUAAAAGCGGUGGUGAGGAAUGUGAUGGCAAUCAGAAUGUGAGCACUACUGGUAGUAGUAACGUAAAUGACUCUCAACAAAUGCCACCGUCCACAACCGAAUCGAUCUUGACGACGACUAUUACCACCGUUACAACGAAGGAUUUACAACAAAAACGUUCUGCAGGAACCAAAUUAUCUGCACAUUUAAGCUGCGAAUUGAAUCAAAACGUACUUCGAAGAAAUCUCAAACACAUCAAAAGCGACUGUGCACUUCUGCUACGUCAAGUUAGUCGAACAAACGAAGAUAACCGCAAAAAUGAGGAAAACCUGGUGGCCAAAAUAAAAUACGACGAAUUAGAGGCAGAGCUACGUGCGCUCAAACAGGAACUGGGUACUCGUCCGCAGCAGGAUGAAUUGGAAAAGAAGCAACGACUUUGUGAAAGUCUUACUGAAGACUUGGCAUCGAUGCGAAUCGAAACUGAAGAGCUCCGAGCCUUAAAUGAUCGCUGCCAUGAGGAAAUGAAUCGUUUGGAAAACGAACUACUUCAAAAGAAAAAUGUCGAAAACGAAAAGAUAAGUGCAAUGCUUCAACAGGAACCGACAGUCCCUGUGCUCAGUGACGAUGCUGUGGGGAACACUGAUGUCAAAUGCGCUACAAAAAAGGAAAACGUGCCGAUUCCUAGCGUUAUUGAUGCUGAGACACAAACUGAACCCCAAGAAGAGGAAGAAGAAGCUCCGAUCAGCUCCAAUAUUGAAGAGUUUGAUUAUGAAGUAGAUGAUGAAGAAGACGAGGACGAAAAAACGGAAACGAUCGAUACAACAGAAAUUUUUGUCGGCCAAAGACUGCUGGACAAUAGCAGGACUAGUUUAAAUAACAGUAGUUUUGGUACCAGCGACUCUGUGACUAGCUAUAGCCAUAAUAUCAAUAGUUCUAGCUACACUAGUAUGAUCUGCAGUGAAUCGACACCACGAAUGGUGGAUGCUAAUAUCGUUAAAACUUAUGACAGUGAAAUCGGGGAACCAAAUGGGACUUUAGCAGAGCAAGUUGAACCAGUUUUGCUGAGCAUUACUAGUAUGCAGCAAGAGUUGGAACUUAUCAACCAUCCAGAUGUUCAACGAGAAGAGGAACUGAUAGCAUUCAAAGAAAAGUAUACCCAUCUUACCCAAGAAAAUAUACGGCUCAAUCAGCAACUGCAAAAGUUGAACGACGAUUUUAGUCGAUUCAAAAGUAAAUCGUUGAUAAAAUUUCUAAUGUACAUAGCACCCUUCAUUGUUAUCGUUGGUUAUAUAAUGUUUAAUCGUGUAUCAUAAAACCAUCAAAAUUUUCAGUUUAGUUGAGUUGCAGAGAUUAGAGAAUUUUAUUGAGAUAUUUAUUUCGAAUUCAGCUAAAAGCAGACCGGUAAAAUUUGUUUGGUUAUUUUUUUAUCAAAAACAAAUCAUUUAAAUAUGAAUCUAUCGUAUUUCGGCAAAUAGCUUUAUAAGUUUUUUUCUGCGACUCUUCAUGUAACAAUCUAUAGCUAAUAUAUAUUUAUUAUUAAUGAAAAAGAAAACAUGUACUAAUACUGAUGCAUAGAAAAAUCCAAUUUGAGCUAAAAAUUCAGCAGUUUGUGCGAAUGAGGGACUCCUUUUCUUUUUUUCUGUAAAUGAGUUGAAUAUCGAUAAUAUAAUAUGGAAACCCUUCAAAACACUUUAUAUACAAGUAUCACUCACUAACAGAAGAUUUUUAGAGUUUCACAUCCUCUCAUCCCUAAACGCAUUGCAAAUUCUGUAAGCAGAUGGAAUAUAUAUUAUCUAUAGCAGGUUAUAAUAGCUUUUAUACGCUCUCAGUGGAUAAAAAUCGUUUACUAAAUCUAUCCAAAAACGACUAUAUAGCUUUCGUACUUCGAGUGUUCCUUGGUGACAUCACAGUAUCGAGAGUUUUUGGAGUUCAGUUUUACGCUAUAAGACAGCUUAAACUAGGCCAUCAAAAUAAAACAAUAUUCAAAAUGCUUCUAUGGCGCAAUAUGACGAAUACCGUUUUAAAAUUGUACAAUAACAAAAUAUCAGAACGUGUGCUGAAAUAGCUUGUAUGCAUGGGUAAAUCUAAUAGACUCGAAUAAGAAAGUGUAUCAAAUAAUUCAAAAGUACAAAUGCUAAAUUGGUAUGGGAGAACAUAAACCGCACGUCAUGAUUCAGCAGUUAAACCAAACAAUAUGCCUAGAUGACAGAGAUCGAAACAUUGUAAAAAUGUGAGCCGACUACUCCAUCUGUUGACAUCAUAGCCAUUACCAUUGGAAGUGCUUAAAGGUUAAUUAUAGCCAUAGCUAUCGUACUCGAGAACAAUAUUGUACGAGACGAAUGCCAAGAGUGUUGCUUGAAUUGUUUGUUAGCAAUAAAUGAAACUUAUUUAUUCUUUGUAGCAAACGGUGAAAAAUUAUAGCUGAGAAAAAUGCUCCAAUAACGUCGAAUGGAUAUUGUACAUUCAAAACAGCAAAACGACAUAUAUUUCAAACAAUACAGUACGCGAUGCAGUUAAGGAAA